AUGGCCCUUCACCAGUUUGACUACAUCUUUGCUCUCGGCACCAUCUUUGCCUUCCUAGAUGCUUGGAAUAUUGGCGCCAAUGAUGUCGCCAACUCUUGGGCGACGUCAGUCUCAUCGCGAUCUUUGAAGUAUUGGCAGGCCAUGAUACUUGCUUCCAUCAUGGAGUUUUGUGGCAGUAUUGGUGUGGGCGCCCGUGUUGCAGAUACAAUCCGGACGAAGGUUGUCGAAGUCGACCUCUUCAAGGAGGAUCCCUCUAUGCUUAUGCUGGGCAUGCUAUGUGCGGUCAUGGGCUCCUCCAUCUACCUUACCAUAGCGACGAAAUUUGGAAUGCCUGUUUCCACCACACACUCCAUCAUGGGUGGCGUCAUUGGAAUGGGUAUUGCGUCGGUUGGAGCGAACGGCGUUUCGUGGUGGGGAGGUGAUAUCAACUCCGGCGUUGUUCAGGUGUUCCUGGCAUGGAUCAUUGCCCCCUUCAUGUCGGGCGCCUUUGGUGCCAUUGUCUUCCUGAUCACUAAGUACGGAGUGAUGCUGCGGAGCAACUCCAUCCGGAAUGCUUUCAUUGCUAUUCCUAUCUACUUCGGCAUUACUUCUGCUCUCCUUACCAUGCUCAUUGUGUGGAAGGGUGGGUCGAGCAGGAUUACCCUUACUGGCGCAGAGACGGUUGGUGUGAUUAUUGGGGUUGGCGCUGCUGUCGCCUUGAUCGUUACCAUUUUCUUUCUUCCCUGGCUGUACCGAAGAUUGCUGAAGGAGGACUGGCAGCUUCAAUGGUACCAUCUCUUCCUUGGCCCUCUAGUUCUCCGUCGUGGAGAAGUUCCCCCUCCGCCGGAAGGGUACUCGCCCGUGCAAGAUUACUACAGUGGCCAUAAGACUCUGGAGCAGCUGCAGGUGGAGCGCGCUGCGACUCAAGAAAACCGACCGUCGGACCUAGAGAACGAAGGUGGGCUGGCGAAAGAGGGCCAGAAUACUUCCUCCGAGGCUUUGAAGUCAGAAGCGCCAAGCGAUGCACCUUCAGUGGCACCAAAGUCAGAAUUCUCAAUCAUUGGCCCUCGGCCGGAAGGAAAGGGGUUCUUUCACCCAGCCAUGUUGUUCUGGCAGUUCAAGCGCUUCUUCUUUCGGGGAAUCGAGCAAGAUGUUGUCAGCUUGCAAAAGAAGAAGAAUAUCCUUACUGGCGACAUUGAAAUGACCCAUGCGCACGCAAAACAUUACGAUAACAGGACUGAGUACAUGUACUCCUUCCUGCAGGUGCUGACGGCAUCCACUGCAUCCUUUACCCAUGGUGCCAAUGAUGUGUCCAAUGCUGUUGGUCCAUAUGCCACGAUCUACGAUAUUUGGCAAUCUGGAAAGCUCAACUCUAAGAGUCCUGUCCCUUACUGGAUUUUGGCCUUUGGAGGUGCUGCUAUCGCCAUUGGAAUCUGGACCUACGGUUACAACAUCAUGCGAAAUCUCGGCAACAGGAUUACGCUUCACUCCCCUUCCCGUGGUUUCUCCAUGGAACUUGGCUCUGCCAUUACGAUCAUCACAGCGACCAGGCUCAAGCUUCCGGUCUCCACAACGCAAUGUAUCUCAGGUGCAACCGUCGGUGUUGGUCUCUGCAGUGGAACCUGGCGUACUAUCAACUGGCGCAUGAUUCUGUGGAUCUACUUCGGCUGGGUCAUUACUCUGCCCGUGACUGGUAUCAUAUCCGGCUGUCUAAUGGGCAUUAUUAUUAAUGCCCCUAGGUGGGGCAUGGGCGUCUAA